AUGGAUAUGCGAAGUACUCCGAAAUCGCAUGACUUUGACCAACAAACGAAUCUGAUAUCCAUACCACAGUUGUCUCCAGAUUUGCACGAUGCGGACCGGUACUCUUUCCAGGCCGUCGUUACUCUCGUUUGGCCGUUCUCAAGCUCAAAUCGCUUGUUUAGCCUUCUGCUCGCCGAGCGAGACUUCCGACUGCGAAAGCAAAACGGGCAGAUAAGAGUCACUUUUUGUGGGUUAUGCGCAGAAGAGGUCGCCCUCACCAAGGUUGGCAUUGGCGACACAGUUACCUUGAGCUUGCAAGGAGCGCAAUGGGCAGAAUAUACAAAAAUUCAGUCGACUCCGGGAAAAUCACUGAGCUGGGAGCUGCAGUUUAGGAAUCGGUUGAAAUUUGAGGCAACGAGAAACGGUGAAAAAAUCGCUGCUCUUGAUAUCGACCGACCUUCGUUACCCAGGGAAAGCGAUUUAGCUACUGAGCUCUCUACUCCGGUACAAUUCAACGAUGGUUUCGCCACAUCGGACCUAUCUCAGGGGAGGUGGGAAACACCUGCAUUUCUGCGAACGAAAAGACUCAUAUCGCGUAGCCCAUUAUAUUCCGAAUUCAACCUCUUCGCGGAAGACGAUGGAUACAUUCCAGGCAAGGGUAGAAAAAGGCCAAGAUUUAGCUUUCCGAGCAGUGAAUGGCGAUUAGUGGAUGAGCCCGACAGCUUCGUGGAAGAACUUCACGAAAACAACGAUAACUGGUUUGAUUCUGAUGAAGGAGGACUGGAUCACGAUGAGGAGGAUGAUGGAAAUGCCACCGAAGUUGCACGUGAAGCUGAAAACUCCGUGGAGACCAUAUCUCACACAACUCCUGCUGGAGGUGCCCCGGGAGGUGAUAUGCAACUUGUUGGGUCUGAAACGCAAAUUACGCCCGCGAACACCACGCACACACCCUUUCAAACCAUAGCAUCUUCGCCAGAAGAGACUGUUAUCCAGCCCACUCUACAUAAUACGUUGCUUCCUUCAGAAACUCCACACUUGAAUCAUCUUACCUCUCCUGAUCCUGCAACGGCCUCGCCCAUCGUAUCUACGACUGCAGAAGCUUCUCAUCAUCCAUAUGACUGGCAUUCUAAUUUAACGGUUACUGACUUCCUUGGACACAAUGAUCGGUCAACUGUUGUCCCAGAUGUGUACAACGCGGAGCCCCGGGACAGUGUAGAAAUGCACGGUACGAAUGCACAAGUUCAAAACACAGGCAUCGGGAAUAUCGAAUCAAAAGUAGGGUCAAAAUACUCAGAACAAACUACUGCCACCACCAUUAGUCACCAUGGAUCUUCCAGACAAAGCACCCCGCCUGCGGCCGCUUCAGAACCACACGUCUUACAUACAGAGCAAAUUAAUGCUAGUUCGAUGGAUACCGCAAACCCAUUAGACCUUCCAGAUUAUCAUGGCACCAGCAGAGAAACUAUUAUGAAAGAGGAUGGAGAAAGUGAACCGGGAGAGCGACGGCACAUUUAUGAAAUAGCCAUCGAUACCGACAGACUGAGAGAUGUGCAAGAGAUCGAAGAAGACAAAGACGAUGGACUUGAAGAAAGUAGUGGACGCUUGACAAAUCACACGGGUUUGAACGCCGAGAGAGGUAGAGACCAUAGCUCUCAGCAUUCAGAAUCUGAAGAUAUGAUUUAUGAGGAAGCUUCGGCCAACAUGCAAAAAGCCGAAGCCGAGAAUCUUCAACAUGGCCACUAUACUAAUUCCGAAAAGGAUGAAAUUGAGUUGGACGAGACAGAUUUAUCUGAUGACGCCGAAGACUCCGAGGAGCUCAUGUCCGAAUUCGAGACUGACAUUGAAUCUGAAGUGGAAAGUGAUGAUGAAUUCCAUAACGAACCGGUUUUAGAGCCAGAAGUUCCACAGCCAAUUGUUCAUCCAGAAGUCAUUGUAAUAGACAGCGAUAGCGAUGAUGAGCCUCCUCAAUCGAAUGCACGUCCGGCCAUGCAGGAAAGAAUUGCAUCUCAUAAUUCUGGUCCUUUACCUUAUAUUCAUGAAAGUGAGGUUUACCAGUACGAUGAAUAUACGCAAGGGGAGCGACAGGAGUUCAGCGAUGCCGAAGAUCAAGACGAAGAACGUGAUGCAGACGUGUUACGAAGCGAUGCCGAUCUAUACGACUACGAGCACCAUAGUUAUGAAGAUUUGCCAGUUCAUGGUGCCUACAGUUCGAAUGAAGAAUCCCCUAGCAAAGGUUUACAGCAAGCAGAAGAUGAGGAGACUUGUUUCGGCGAUAGAGGGGAAUUCCCUACUGAGCAAAGCAAUGCUGAGAGUAUAGUUCGGCUUCGGGAAGCCAGGCCAGGCCAGGAUACCAUGAACUUGGACACCGCGAGAACAAACUCGACACAUGAGGCCUUGAGCGAUAGACUCGCGCUCGAGACAAAACUUAGAGUGGUUGGAGAGCAAAGACAAAUCCGUUCUACAGGUGGCGAAGCGGCUCUUGCCAAGAGUGAUGAAAAUGAUCCAUUACUCAAGCAGCAUCAAUCAUUUGUUUCAGGCAGUCAGAUAUUCGGCCAAGAGCAUGAUCUGAGUUCAACCACUAAUACCCAGCGACUGGUGUAUCGAACUGCGUCGCCGAAACCAGUGCCUACACCCUCUUCGGCUCCUAACGACGAACCGUUGUACACAACUGUAGGUAUCGAAGCGCAUCUUUCUGAUGAUCAUGGGUCUCCAUCUGUAUCAGAUGUUGUUCAAUCCGAGACUCCUUUGAAUACAGACUAUCGUCGUUGGACUGAUGGUUCAGAUGAAGACACUCAGAAGACCGACAGUCGAUCUUUGGAUGAAGAAUUUGCAACCCACAGCAUUACGGGCGAGGACGAUGAUGCCUUAGAGCACCUUGAUGAAGUAGUCCUGGUGAAGAAUGAUUCUAUGCAACCAAGCCUAGAUGAUACACACCAGCCGCACAAUUUUGAGAGACAAGACGAGCUCCCGGUGCGUGACUUGACAGUCUAUCCUACUCUUGCUACGCUUCUUGGGUGGCUCAAUAAGACGAUCGAUAUUAUCUCGGUAGUUGUGGACAUAUCACCCGCUGAACCCGCGGCACCUGCUUCAGGAGAAUACCGUACAAGGCUUCGAAUAACCGAUAUAUCUAUGGCAGGUACGUCAAUCGUUGUGGAUAUAGCUCAACCUUACGAAUCAUCUAUAUCUGCAAUAGCUGAAGGGGACAUAAUCAUGCUCCAUAAUUUCGAGGUCCAGAGCUUCGAUGGUUCAUUAAAGCUCCUAGGCGUUGAUGGCAGUGAUUGGGCUAUUUUCCGCGACGUAGAGGACAAAUCUCGCGUCACAAAUCCAAUGAUGACUUUUGGCGAGCGAGAACAUGCAUACGUAAACACGCUGCAAUGUUGGUAUUGCGAGGACGGCGCUGCCAUGGCGGCUGAUCACAUGUUACAACUCUCAAUUGGCCAGGAAGACAAACAACCUUCGCCUUUUACGGUAGCCUCCAGUGAUGCAGGCAGUCUAGAUUCGCGUGCAAGCGGAUCGGUCUCUCGACCUCGUGCACGGCGGAAAAAGAGCCACCGCCGGAUCACAAUACACGAACUAAGAGAUGGGCGGAGAUACACGGACUUCGGACCUCAAGGUAGUGGCCUUAUACAUGAACUGCGGGAUGGCACGGUGUAUGCACACUCAUUUGGAGAAGUACUUUGCCUUGACAUCUCAUUCUCAACCAGCAGCCUUACAAACAACAAGGCUUGUCCCGUCACUCAGGUCAUCAACGCAUCAUGGGAAGCUUUUCCGCUUACUGACAGUGCGCAUUCAUGUAGCGCAAACAAGCUGUCUCUGUCCACAGCCAGUGACAAAGACGGCAACUCACGACCAGAGCUCCCUCGGACCCAUUCAUCGAAGCGCUUCGGACCCGACAGUUCCCACGGACGAUCUAAUCCCUUCAACGUCAUAUCCCCCCUCUCUGGCGGUGUCUCAUCUCCAUCCGCAGGUGCAUCAAACGCCUUCGGACUUGGUUCUGGCGCAUUUGCUUCUUUCGGCUCGUCCACUAAGACUCCCAAAACACCAGGAAGCGCCUUCGACCUCGGCUCGGCCAAAGAUAAGCGCGAUAUAAGCGAGCAGGAUACUGCAACCACAGGAAAUAUCCGUUCCAAAUCUUCCUCUUCAUCAUUAGAUACCGCCUCCACAUCAACAACCAAAGAUCAUCCACUGAAAUCAACGUGGAUUGUCUGGUACCGUCCUCCAACUCCGAAAUACUCUGACUACGAGAAGUCAACUAUUGCUCUCGCAUCUAUAUCGUCUGUAGAAAGCUUCUGGUCGAUCUACUCGCAUCUGAAGCGUCCUUCCCUCCUUCCUACCGUUUCGGACUAUCACAUCUUUAAGAAAGGCAUCCGCCCCGUUUGGGAGGAUGAGGCUAACAAGCGUGGUGGAAAAUGGAUCAUUCGCUUGAAAAAGGGAGUGGCUGAUCGCUACUGGGAGGACCUCCUUUUGGCUAUAGUCGGUGACCAGUUCGCCGAGGCCGGAGACGAGGUCUGCGGUGCAGUCUUGAGCGUCAGGAGCGGCGAAGAUGUGCUGACAGACACCAACAUAGUCUGGAAGAGCCACGAUGACAGUAUCGCCCAAAGGUCGGCUAUAGACCAAGCUAGACAAGAGAAAGCUGCGUCGAACACUACUCACCAUCAUGGUUACCAUCAUGGAGGCAAUGAGCGCCGGAGGGGUGGUAACAACGAGGAGUCUUUUGCGGAUAGAAGCAAAUGA